AUGCCCGCGCUCGUCCUCGGCGUCGCGCCCGGCCUCCUCGGGGAGCCGCGCGGGUUGGGCGCGCUCCCAGGCGCAUUCCUGGCCGGGCAGCCCCUCCUCCUCGGCCUUGGCCAAGGGGCUGGCGCCUCCCCGCCUCGCAGCGAUUGUCUCGUGCCGGCGGCUGCGGACGCUCCUGGCCGCUGCGGCUGCAGGUCGGCGCGCGGCGCACCUGGACCCGGGACUGCGCCUCUCGAGCGCGGCGGGCCCGGCUGCGCUCCGGGGCUCCCGCCUCCCUCCCUGCCCGAGCCGCUCGGGGCCGCGCGGAGCCCCGCUCCCCGCAGGGGCGGCUGCGGCAUCGGCUUGGGACAGCCUCGGCAGGGAGGCAGACAAAGUUAUUUCCCCUUCCCAAGCAGAAAGGUUCCGAUUGGCAAGAUGGUGCCCAACUGUCCCCGCGCGCUCUUCCUCCUGCUGCUUUUCCUCGCCUGCCCCGAACCGCGGGCUUCCCAGAACUGUCCCAACAAACAGCAACUCCUCUCGGCCAUCCGCCAGCUGCAGCAGCUGCUGAAGGGCCAGGAGACACGCUUCGCCGAGGGCGUCCGUCACAUGAAGAGCCGGCUGGUGGCGCUGCAGAGCUCUGUGAGCAGAGCGGGCCCGGACACGCCCCCAGUUUCCUGCCCUGCUCUGAGCACCCCUCCGGAUGGCAGAAAGUUUGGGAGCAAGUACUUAGUGGAUCACGAAGUCCAUUUUACCUGCAACGCUGGCUUCCGGCUGGUUGGGCCCAGCAGCGUGGUGUGUCUUCCCAACGGCACCUGGACGGGAGAGCAGCCCCGCUGUAGAGAUAUCAGCGAAUGCUCCAGCCAGCCUUGUCAGAAUGGUGGCACAUGUGUGGAAGGUGUCAACCAGUACAAAUGCAUUUGUCCUCCGGGAAGGACGGGGAGCCGCUGUCAGCAUCAGGCCCAGACUGUCGCCCUGGAGGGCAGCGAGGCGGGGGACCCCGCCUUCAGCCGCGCGCCGCGAUGCGCGCAGGUGGAGCGGACGCAGCACUGCAGCUGCGAGGCCGGAUUCCACCUGAGCGGCGCCGCCGGCGACAGCGUCUGCCAGGAUGUGAAUGAAUGCGAGCUCUACGGACAGGAGGGGCGCUCCCGGCUCUGCAUGCACGCCUGCGUGAACACCCCCGGCUCCUACCGCUGUGCCUGCCCCAGUGGAUACCGGACCCUGGCCGAUGGCAAGAGCUGUGAGGAUGUCGAUGAGUGUGUGAGCCCGCAGCACGUGUGCCCCCGGGGUACCGUGUGCAUCAACACGGGUGGAGGCUUCCAGUGCGUCAGCCCCGAGUGCCCUGAGGGCAGCGGCAACGUGAGCUAUGUGAAGACCUCUCCGUUCCAGUGUGAACGGAACCCCUGCCCCAUGGACAGCAGGCCCUGCCGCCACAUGCCCAAGACCAUCUCCUUCCAUUACCUCUCUCUGCCCUCCAACCUGAAGACGCCCAUCACGCUCUUCCGCAUGGCCACGGCCUCGGCCCCGGGCCGGCCUGGACCCAACAGCCUGCGAUUUGGGAUCGUGGGUGGGAACAGCCGCGGCCACUUUGUGAUGCAGCGCUCGGACCGCCAGACAGGGGAGCUGAUCCUGGUCCAGACCCUGGAGGGACCUCAGACACUGGAGGUGGAUGUUGACAUGUCCGAAUACCUGGACCGCUCCUUCCAGGCCAACCACGUGUCCAAGGUCACCAUCUUUGUGUCCCCUUAUGACUUCUGACGGUGCCAUGGGGUCACGGUGUGCAGCAAUCUGGGCUCAUUUCUCUUCCUCAAAGACUCAGCUGCAGGCGUUGACUGCAACAGGCAUCUCUUCCCACCCUGCCCAUCUGCCUGUGCCCUACGUUCCUAGGGCAGCGCUGCACUCUGUCCCAGGAAGUGGCACCAAAGCGCAGCCC